AUGGACGGUCACCUGAAGUGUGUCUAUUUGAUGAUCUGUUUCCGACCCUAUCAUCGCUUCAUUUCAACCAAAUUUCGUUUCUUUUUGUUUCUCUUGUUUCUCACAAUUAUUAUCAUAUAUUCAGUGAAGAUAUUGCAGACCUCCUCCAAGACUACAAACAUUAUUAUCGGCCAUCACUUCGACGACGAUUUAGUCAACUUAAGACAUGAGUUGCAGUAUUCGGUGAUCAUUGACGCGGGAAGUAGUGGCAGUCGUGUCCACAUCUAUGUCUGGCCACCACAUAGUGGGGACACCAGACAACUGCUUCAGAUCCGAAUGCUUCACAACCAGUUGGGCAAAGAGGUCUUCACGUCCAUCACUCCCGGCCUCUCGUCCGUCGCCUCCAACCCCUCCUCUGCCUCGCUAUACAUCGAACCUCUUCUGCGGUUUGCGGCCAAAAACAUACCCAAAGAUAAGCACCGGUCGACCCCUCUCUUCAUAUUAGCGACGGCUGGUAUGCGUCUUCUGCCUCUCGAGACACAGACCGCCAUUUUGGACGACUUGAGGACAGAUAUCCCCAAAAAUUUCAGUUUUCUGUUUCCCGCAAAUCAUGUCGAAGUGAUUACCGGCAAAGAAGAGGGCAUUUAUUCGUGGAUUGCCAUCAAUUACCUGAUGGGACGGUUCGACCACUCCAUCGAAACGGGUCCCAUCACUACCAUUGAGUUCAAUCAGUACCGCAUCCGUAGAGCGCAGACCAUCAGUAUGUUAGAGAUGGGCGGCGCCAGCGUUCAGAUCGCCUUCGAAAUCACUUCUAACGAACAGUUGGAAGGACUGCAGAGGAAGCACUCGAAGGAUGAGCUCAAUGGACUCAUCUCUGAGUUCAAUCUGGGCUGCAAUGAACACGACCAAGAGCAUAAUUACAGGAUAUAUGUGACCACGUAUUUAGGUUUGGGCGCAAACAUCGCUCGCAAUACUUAUGUCAACGCUUUGAUUUCGUCGACAAUUAAUUCAAACACUGAUAACACAAGUCUCGCGUCCAAAGAGAUCCAAAUAUACGAUCCGUGCCUUCCCAUCGACAGCACCGAGAGGUUUAACAUAAGCCGGCGCUCGAAGAACACUAACGGGAGCACCACUUUCAUAAAUGUGCUCAAAGGAAGCGGCGAUUAUAAUGCCUGUGCUCUCAAACUAAAGCAAAUGCUGGACCCGAGCUCUGAAUCUCAGCGCCAGUGCACUAACACUAACACUAAUACUAGUUGUCCGCUCAGACAGCUCUCGAAAACGGAUGCGCCGUUCGAUAACUCAGAGUUUUACGGCUUUUCCGAGUUCUGGUACACAAUGGAAGACGUGUUACGACAGGGAGGGCCCUAUCGGAGCAAAAAGUUUCGGGACUCGGCUUCCAAUUACUGUUCGACGAGUUGGUCCGUAACUCAGGACCGAUUCCAACGCAAACUGUAUCCGUUGGCCGAUAAUAACCGACUCUUUUACCAGUGCUUCAAAUCCGCGUGGGCUUCGAGUGUAUUACACGAGGGCUUCAAAAUGCCGUCCAGUUAUACGAAAUUCAAGUCGGCCUCCACUGUGAACCACCAACAGGUCCAGUGGACGUUAGGGGCACUCCUAUACAGAACCCGGUUCUUCCCUCUCAGGGCUAUAGAGCAGCAGUACUCGGGAGUGAGUCACUCGACGACAAACACAUCAUAUUAUGUGAAUUACGCGAUCUUUAUAUUAUGUAUGAUUGCUGUCGUCGUCUGCAUUAUUAUUUAUUUAAAACAUUUACAUAAAAUGGUCAACACUUCUAGUAUUUAUAUGAAUGACAUAUUGGACGCAAAACUAAUGCACCCCAACAUUGAUAGCAAUAACGAUAGCGAUUCAGUGAUGAUUCAAAUACCACAGGAAAGCAAACCACUAAUCGAUUCCAUGUCUUUCAGAUGA